AUGGAAUCACCCAAACCCCACGAAACGGUCACAAAUUUGGAAACAAACAUACGGCCGACUGGGAGCAGCAACAUUGAGGACAGCGAUGCCGUAAAUAUCCCAAUACAGCAGCAAUCUGCACCGCAACAUACUGACGUACCGACUCUACAGAUAGAGUCGGAGGGUGAGGUUGCGUUUCCCGAUGAGGGUCGAGAAGGUCACGAGAAGGACAACGUGCAUAUAAGUAGCAACCAAACCAGAGACGCGAUACAUGAUGACGAGCUGAAACUGGACCUAUCUGAGGGUAUAGAUAGCGAACAUUUUUCUAAGUUGAUGGAACUGGAUUCUAAAGGCGAUGUGGAGGAUGAUAUACCAUUUUCAGCUCACGAGAUCCUUCAAGAGUCGAUUGCAAGGAAUAACCACGAGGUAAAGAGCCCACAUGGCGAUUUGAUAGUGAAUUUUCCCAAAGUAGAAGACAUUGGAGAACCAGUAGAUUUACCGGACUCAUUAUCGCCAGUGGAUGAUGCACCGGAUCCUAUCCAUGGGGACACAGACAUUACUGGGGACGGAGGAGACGUCACAGUACCACAAAGCUAUCAGAAUACACCUCAACUGUCAUCGAUAAAGGAGGAGAGUGGCUCACCUGAACAUCAGGGGGUAAGUAGGUUGCAUAGCGAUAUUGAACAACUGGAUGAGGGACACAUACCCGAAACAGAUCAAGCUAUGCACACAGACAUACCUCCUCUAUCACCGCUUGUUGAUGCCAAAACAGACGGACACGCGGGUCAGACUACUGACUUUGUAGAUAACCCUUCAACGAUACGAACACAGCGAAAGGGAUCGUUAAUACCAGGCACGUUCCAUCCAAAGGAUACGAGUGGGAACCUAAAAUUGGAGAGCGACCCGAAUAAUCCAAACCAGGCACCACGUGCCGGUGAAAUCAACAAGAUGGCCAGGAUCGGAUCGUCACCGGAAAUCCCAGAGGAGCAAGGUUCGAUAAUUGCAUACGCCAGGUUAGACUUCCCCAAUUUCAACUUUUAUGUGCAAACGCUGCACGCAGUAAUAGGCAGGAAAUCCGAGAACGAUACAACGCAUAAGGUUGACGUCAACUUGGGUCCCCUGAAGUCCAUAUCGAGAAGACACGCUCAGAUAUUUUAUAAUUUUGGGAACGGCAGAUUUGAACUCUCCAUUAUCGGAAAAAACGGCGCCUUCGUCAACGAAGUGUACGUCGGUAGAGGCAACACAGUUCCUUUGGAGCACAAGACGAAGAUACAGAUCGGCGGUAUACCGUUUUUGUUUGUACUGCCGGAGAAGGACAAGCAUGGUGAGGAAAUUAAUGCGCCUCUAGAUGAGGGUGCCACGACACCAUUGAUAAAAGAUAAUAAGAUACAGGACGUCAAACCGCCCGCAAAGGUGAAUAUGAAACAGGAGGUGAAAGUUAAGAAGACCAAAAAAAGUGAUGCAGAAAAGGAGCAAUCGAGCAAGAAGAAGGCCGGUAAGGGAGCCACCAAAAAAAUCAAGGAGAAGAAGCCUCCGAAACCACCAAAGAAAGUUUACACUUUGGAUGAAAUCCCCAUGGAAUACAGGACAAAACCGACAGUUUCUUACUCCGCCAUGCUCACAACAUGUAUACGAAAGUACUCCAAUGAGAAGGGCAUGUCUCUUUCAGAGAUAUAUGGAGGUAUUAGAGAACUAUUCCCAUACUACAAAUACUGCCCUGACGGUUGGCAAUCUUCUGUACGGCACAAUCUGUCAUUAAACAAAUCAUUCAGGAAAGUUUCCAAGGAGGGGAAAGGUUGGCUCUGGGGGCUCGAUGAGGCAUACAUAGCCGAGAGGGAGCGGCAGAGGCAAAAGCAGGCAGAGGUUGCCGCCGCAAAGGCGCAGGCUGCGCAAUUAAAGCUUGAGCAGCAAAACCAACUGAAGAGUAAGAAAAUCACUGAAAACGCGCCCUCAAAGAAGGCGAUGAAGUUGAACAGUGGGGAUAGGAAACAAAGCAUAUCACAAACCCUUGCGGCGAACAGAUCGGGCACAAAGGCGAAUCCCGCAAACCAGCACAAACGCACGAUGGAUUAUCUGCAACAGCAGUUGGUGAUCCUGACGAAAGACCGUAAGGGGCUGCCUAAACAGACGAUCGCCACGAUUCUCACUCAGGCGUUGCGCAUGACCAUCAACCAGGUGACUCUUGCCGCGAAAGGGAAGGGCAUCGUUGGUAACCCGCUUGUUGCCCUGAUUGAAAAGAGUCCGCGAGAUUUGAACAUGAUCUUAGCUGCCGCUGUCAACGCGGCGACAGCGAAUACCACCGGCGGGAAGGUCAAACAGCUAGUAUCACCCGCGUUACUCAAACAAAUGUUGAGUCCUCCGCCAGCACCGGCUGCUGUGCAUCCCAAACCGUCUAUCCAUUCCGUGAUAACUGAGACGCCGAAGGAGCAUAGAUCGACUGGGAAGAUGGUGGGAAAUUCCUCGUUCGAUCCAACAUCAUUGUCUAAAUUCUUCCAACCUAAGAGCCAGCUAGGGUCCAGCCAACCUCCCUCCAGUGGUGGCGGUACUACUAAUAGUACUAACGCUACUGGCAAUGAAGCUGCCAAUAGCGAGGACGCUAGUGGAGCCACAAGGCCUGACCCAUCUGUCCUCAGUUUGAGUAAAUCGACGAGCCCCUCUGCUUCAGUAAUACCGCAGAAACGUCCACAAGAGAGCGAAAGUGAGAGUGAAAGUAGUAGUGGUUCAGGUACGAGCACAAGUGGGACGGACUCGAGUGAUGACGACGAUGACGAUGAUGAAGACGGGGAAGAAGAUAAUGACGACGACGACGACGACGACGACGACGGGAGCGAUGAUAGUGGCAACAGCGAUUCAAGCGACAAUACAUCGAGCGAUGACAACGACGAUGAUGACGAUGAUAGCGCGGCAAAGGAAGAGUCCGGUACAUCGUCUGAUGAGGCGGGCAAAGAUGGUGCGGCGACUCCGGUGGAAACCCGCCCGGCAACCAACGAAUGA